AUGGCAAAUUUUACUUGAGUUAUUUGUCUUCUAUUUGUAAUUAAUUAUGCAAUAGUAUUUUAAAUAUCUGCCGUUUGGUAAAUUAUGAAGGACAAAGUUUUACUGAACAAUAAGAGGGAUGACUCAUUUCAUUUGCAGACUAAAGUAACAGCUGUUGAAAUACCAUUAACAGUGUCUAGUUCUCAGAAACACAAGUUAAAAGAACUGAAAAUUGUUAGCAGUAUAGCGGUCUUUUUCCUUAAAAAAUGCUGGAUGACAUGCAGUGCAGCAGUAUUUGUAAUUUUUGUUAUGUAUUGGUGUUACGGAAGCAUCAUCGCCUUCAUAUUAUUUAAUUUUGCUCUAUCUGGUUUGAUUUUCCAAAUUGGAGAUUAUCUCUUGUAUCAUCCAGAACAACCACCACAGUCUCGCCUUUACAUUCCUUUGCCAUCUCUGUUUGGUUUGCCUUACGAUAGUAUUUUUAUCAAGACUUCAGAUGGUGUGAAACUACAUUGCUUUUUCAUAAAACAAGAUACAUCUAUUAUUGGUCAGGUACCAACUGUGUUAUACCUUCAUGGAAAUGCUGGCAAUAUUGGUCACAGGUUACCUAAUGUUCAGGGACUCUUUCAGUCUUGUGGCUGCAAUAUAUUAUUGCUGGAAUACAGAGGUUACGGGCACAGUGAAGGUUCCCCAAGUGAAGAAGGUCUGUAUCUAGAUGCACAAGCUGGUUUGCAAUAUUUACUACAAGUUCCUUUUAUUGAUAAGACGAAAAUUGUUGUUUUUGGGCGAUCUCUCGGUGGAGCAGUUGCAAUCGACCUUGUAAGCCGACCAAAGUUUGGUAAACAUGUGUUCAUAUUAAUGGUUGAAAACACCUUCACAAGCAUUCCAGAUAUAGCAAGACAAAUGUUUAAUUUUAAAAUCAUCAAAUGGCUUCCUGACUGGGCAUUUAAAAAUCAAUUUUUGUCUCUAAGAAAAGCCAAAAAAAUUAAGAGGCCAUCACUUUUUAUUUCUGGUCAAGCAGAUCUUCUCAUCCCUCCUAGUAUGAUGAAAGCACUUUGUCAGGCUUGUGGAAGUCCUAUCAAAAGGUUUCAUUCAUAUGAAUUCGGCUCUCAUAAUGAAACUUGGCAAUGUAAAGGUUAUUACAGAUCAAUAAACAUGUUUAUAGAUGAUGUAAGUCUUUAG